AUGGGAAAGCGUGGAGGAUGGGGCGAACAAUGGUCGCAUGGAUACUGGCCGCAGCAUGGUGGUGCUACGGGCUGGAACAACAAGCAGAGCAAGGGCACGGGCAAGAAGGGCAAGGACAAGGGUGGAGAUUACAACCCCGAGAAUGCCCAAACCAGCUUCCCCUCCUACGAAACCAUGCCAGCGAAGACCAAGGCAAGCAGCGCUGUGACCCAAUGGGGGAACAAUGCAGCAAGCAGCGACCUGGCAGCUGGGCAGGGCAACAUGGUCCGCUACGUGCAGAAGCUUGCCAACACCAUCCGCAGGGCGGAUGGCAAGCUCAGGAAGUGCGAUCUGGACCGGAAGGAGACGGACGAAAAGUGGGAAGAAUACCAGAAAGGAUUGAAGCAAUCCUUUCUGAGGGAGCGCAAGCGAUACUACGAACGUCUCGAAAAGGUCCAGGCCGAGAAGGACGAGUUCGUGGGCCAGAAGGAAGAGGCAGUGGUUGCACUGCAGAGGCUCCUGGCCAAUCCGGAGGAGGCAAUGCGCCCGGUGGUAGAGGAGGCCCCGGGGGAUGCACUCCAAGAGUGGGACACCUUGAUGCAGGAGACCGAACAGGAGCAAUGGGAGGGCAUACCGAACAUCCUGGCUGGCGCUCUGCGAGGCAACGGUGGCCCGCCUACAAGUGCACAGAAGCAGCUCUUUGGAGCUCUCGGCCUCACCAUCCCAACGACCGUGGCGCCCAGGACCCCGCCAAGACGCUCCGCACAGCCUCCGGCGAUGACCCCCCCUGCGACUUCCAGCAAGCAGGAGGAAGCCCACCCAUUGGAGGGUGGACAAGCGGCACCGACCUACACUGGUCCAGAUGCAGCCACCUCCAAAGAUCCGUAUAUGGUGUCCCCUUCCCAUGGGGGGGGCGCCACCCCACUGCCAAGAGCACGGUCAAGAUCCCAAGCCAGCCUUCCGCGCACUUCGGUCAAGGGGAAGGUGAAUGGCCCUGUUCAGACAGGGAAGCAUGCCUCCCUUGCGGAGAAGCUCGACAAGAAGAGAGUCGAGGCCUCCUUGGAGGACAUCUUGGACUCCGAGGACGAGGACAUGACCCUGGGCGAGCUCAAGGACAAGGUGAUGCACAUCGUGAAACCCCCCUUUGAACUGGUGGAUGAGAAUGCCGGUGUAGACGUCGAGUUAGGCCACGACCCAAACAACCAUCGAUGUCACUUUUGGGACAUCAUGGACUUCGUGGAGGCUGCGCUACGUCUCCUCAAUGAGAGGGCCCUGACGGCUAUGCAGGCGAUGCAAAAUACCAGCAGGGCAUGGCUGAAUACCAUUGCAGCCAUACAGUUCCUGUCGAUUCUACUUAUCGGCAUGAACAAGUGUGCGGCUGGUGGCAAAACCACCAGAGGCAGGGCCCCCGGCCUUGCUGGAGCGGCGAGGAGUGUAUGCAAGGCCUUCAUCGUCUACAGCAUCCUCCCCACCACGGCGGCGGUCUACACGCGCACAAUGAGACAUGAGCCCCAAAUCAGGCCAAAGCUCUCUGAUAUUCAAUUAUGGAGCACUGGCCAAAUGACCAUGCGAGAGCAGCUUGUUGCUGCCCACACGAGGCUCAUUCUUGAAGCCCCGCUACAACACGGAUCUGGGGAAGCGGUGCUCCCCGUCUACGCGGUCACCCCUCCAGGUGCUCCUCUACCAGAUCAUGAGAAUGAGGAGACUGCAGAGACAACCUUUGAGGAGGCGCAUGUCACGGCAUGGAUUGCUAGCCCCUUCUUUGAAAGCGAAAUCGUCGAUGCCUACCUGGCCUUCCCGCUCAGCGUUGAACGACUUAAGGACACCAUCAAAGAGGCUUGUGCAAUCAUGCCCCACUAUGCGGAUGAAUAUGUCCCAACCUCCCCUCAGAUCAGCGACCACUUUGCCAGCUUCAUUGCCCUUCCUGGAUGGAUUCUCCACACAGACAAGGUUGGGCUAGUGAUGGACUGUCGCCUUGUUGGAGGCACGGUUUUCGCUUUCUUCACGGAAGGGCCGCUUACUCUCCAGUGCGUUCGGCAACACCUGAACGACCUACAGGUGGAGGAAAUCGAUGCCUUCCCUUUCGGGGACCCCAACCCUCUCCUCGAAGGCUUCCCGGUCGCUCCAGUUGUUGGCGGUGUAGUUCAAAUUACAGGGCGAGGCGGAACGCCUCGCUGGUCAGACACCCUCGAACAUCGCUUACAGCAUCCCAGGCGAUGGAACCCCACAGUGGAGCCCCCAGGUGCAAGAGAUGGACUCCACUCGGUUUACCAGUCGUCUGAAGAUCAAGUUGUGGAACUCAUAGAGUCGGAUGACGAAAGACCGCUUGAGGUUGCAGCCGCGGAGGCCCUGGAGAUCAACCACUACGACAUUGCUGUCCACGCCCCCAAUACGAGAGUCAGAGGCCUUUCGCUUUCCGGCCGGCGCAUUUGGUCUCAAAUUGCGGUCUUAGAGGCUGACCAGCCGGAGCCCGGAGACACAAUUGUCGCCUUCCUGGACUUGAGGGGGCUGGGGUAUUUUCCACAAUGGGUCCAGCUGGAUGUUGCAGUUAAUGGCGGCGAACCGUCCUUAGACGGCCCAUGGAUAAAACUCGAGCAUGGGGAGGUCAUCGAGCUCUUCAUGCAGAAGCUUGAGUCCAGUUCGGAAGGCACCGAAACCAGCCACCAGGCUAAUGAGGAUGGCGAGUCCGAGGACAGCAGCUACACGGACCCCCUCCCGCACUCUUCAGACUUCUCUGAUGGGCCGAGUCCAGCCGGUCCGGGUCCCUUUGGACCCCCUCCCCCACAGCCUGUCUCAGGCGACCGCAGCCGAAGCCCCAGACGAAGCUCUUCGCUGCAUUCCAUUGAAUGCAAGGCUGACGCUGACCAUAGCCCGUCUGAGCUGAAGAUAGCAGACCAUCUACCGGUACAGGAGCACGACCUCACGCAGGAGACGAUCCUACUACCGGAUGUCCAAGACAAAGCCCUUUCCCUGAUGCGGCCAUGGUCUCCUUCAUGGCUGAAGGCUGAUCUCCACUCAUGUGAGCUCAAGUCCUCUACUGCCAAGCGAGUCGCCGAACUCGUGCACUGGUCGGACGUUCUGGGCGCCAACGAACAAAUUGAGCUCAGCAUUUAUACAGAUGGCUCCUGGCUCUCCUCCAAGAAGCUUGGAGGCUAUGGUGUUGUUCUAUUACUCGCGACCACCACGGCCACUGCAAUCUUUGGUUUGUUGGGGGAGCAAACUCAGGGAAAUGACCUCUCACCAUGGUGGUUUGAGGCGCCUCCUGCGUUAAAGAAUGAGCAGAUUGCCAUUGGUGCCGCUCUGCUCUGGAUCGUGCAGGUACGAACCUUCUUCUGGCCAGAGUCCAUCUCGAUCCACUACGACUGCCUGGCUGCUGGCCUUCCGACGCAAGGAGAAUGGCCAUGUACAACAGACUUCGCCCGAAGACUACGUGAUCUUCAACGAUGGGCCGACACCAUGCUGCCUGCACCGAUCAAGUACAGGCACGUCAAAGCCCACGUAGGCGAGCCCUACAAUGAGCUCGCUGACUCGGUCGCAAAAGCGGCGGCACAGGGCAUCUCCUUUGCGGCCCCACCGGCAAGCGCAAUUGCUGUCCUGUUGAAUGCCGACCUCUCCUGGCUCUCUCUCACCUCUUCUCCCCGACUUGACGCUGCCUAUCCCUGGGCCGAGGGCCCAGCUCUGAGAUGGCACAGAGAUGAGCACGAGCUGUCCAACCUCCAGCCGCAACAGCUCAUCCCUACCACUGCCAGAGCCUUUGAUCAAGCACGUCGAGAUGGUGUUGAUUUUGAGACUGUGGUGGUAACUUGGAAUGUCCAAGGACUAGGUGGGCAGCACCGCUACAUUGAGGAACAGCUACAAGAGGUCAAAUGCGGCAUUGCUCUCCUCCAAGAAACAAAGCAGCGAUCCAGUCUCUGCUCAUCCUCCCGCUUCAUUCGCUUGGCCACGGACUCCGCGAAAUAUUGGGGGGUCGCCGUCUGGCUCAGCAAGCUUGAGGGAGCGAUUAAAGUUGGAGGCAGUCCUGUGCAAGUCAGGGAGCCUGACCUGCAUGUAUGCUAUGAGUCGCCGAGGCUGCUUAUCAUCUCGGUUACCAUCGGCAACACGAAGAUCAUCAUCUUUUCGGCACACUGCCCCCACAGUGGGCAGAGGGAGGAAGCCAGGAGCUUCCUUCAACAUCUCAGGCGAGAACUCCAGCCCCACAGCAGCGCUGCCCUCAUCAUUGGUGGCAUUGACCUCAACGGACGUAUGACAGUCGAUGUCCCCGGGGUAACUGGCGACCUGCAGUAUGGAGAUCAAGAUGAAACGGGCGCUGAGGCAGCUGACCUUUGCAAGGAUCUUGGACUAUGGGUGCCUACUACCUACAGCAGAUACCACCGCGGGCAGUCAGCUACUUUUCGCCACCCCCAAGGUACGGAGCACCGCAUCGACUACCUUUUGCAGGGAGGAGCCGCCGCGGUGCAUGAAGCCAGCAGCAGAGUCCUGACAGACUUGGACUCGGGCGGUGUAGGUGACGACCACUGGCCAGUCUUGGCAAUCUUCAGGGGCAUCCUUCAGCCCAUCAAGGACAUUGUCCGCCUUUGGAGGCCUAGAUAUGACACCAGAAAGAUGCUGACUAAACAAGGAAAGGAGGCCAUUACAGAAGCCAUGCUCUCGUACGUGCCUCCACAAUGGUCAACCCACCCCGAUGACCAUUGUCAGCAUCUCACCGAGUUCCUCCAUGGCAUCAUGCGGCGUCACUUUACAAAGGCCCUAGAUGGCCCAAGAGCUUCCUACAUCCCAAACAUUGUCUGGGACAAGAGGCGGGAAAAGAUCAGCUUCAAGGCAAGGGUGAGACACAGAGCUAGUCUCUCGAAAGACCUCCUGCUUCGUGCAUUCCUACAAUGGGGAAAACAAGAGGACUAUGGCUUCGUUGACCUUGUUGCAAAACAAGGUCUGCUUUACCAGGUUGCGGCCUUCGCCAUCAAGUUUGUCACAAGGGACAUCAAAACAGGCGUCCGCAAAGCCAAGGAAGAUUUUCUUCGAUGCAUCGCCUCCGAUGGUGGUGGCACAGCAGCCGAUGUCCUCAGCCGUAUUAAGUCGGCAGGGGUUGGUGGAUCCAUGGCUCGUCAACCCUUCAAGCCGCUGCCUCUGCUGUAUGCAGAAGAAGGCCAACCAGCUACAUCCUGCAGAGACCGUGACUCCUUGUGGCUCCACCACUUUGGGCAGCAAGAGCUCGGCACGGUCCUAAAGACAGCCGACUUCUUGGCCGAGCCCUUCCACCCGAUCUACGUUGAUGAGGAGAUCAACUGGAGCACAGAGGUGCUACCUAGUCUUGGAGACGUCGAGCAAACUCUGAGGUCCCUGACCUCAAGGAAGGCACCGGGGCUUGAUGCCAUCCCCUCGGAGCUCCUAAAAGCUGCACCAGGGCCGACUGCAGCUGCAGUCCACAGCCUCUUCCUCAAGUCCAUGCUCACCCUCCGCCAGCCUCUUCAGUGGAAUGGGGGUAUACUCUUUGAAUGCUGGAAGAGAUCUGGAUCACAAUCUGACCCGGCCAUGUACAGGUCGUUGUAUGUCAGCUCCAUGCUGGGCAAAACCUACCAUAAGCUGCUGCGCAACAAAGUCCAGUCGGAAGUUGAUGCCGGGCUGCACAGCUUUCAUUUGGGAGCCCGGCGGGGCACGCCUGUCAGCAUGCCCUCCCUGUACAUCCUGGCGCACAUCCGCAAAUGUGCCAAGAAAGGGAUCUCUUCAUCGAUCCUUUUUCUCGAUACACACGCUGCUUAUUAUAGGAUCAUUCGCCAGCUUGCACUGGGGCAUCUCCACAACGACACUGAAGUUCUCCAGGUCUUCAAGCGUUUCAGCCUCGAGCCCUCCGACGUCCACGAGCUCAUGGACGAAAUUAACGCAGGAGGCAUGCUCCGGGACGCCCACGUUGACCCUGCCAUAAGACACACAGUGAAGGACAUGCAUCGGCGCUGCUGGUUUGUUUCAGCCUACUCGGCGGGUGACAAGUUGUGCAGCACAGCGGCUGGGAGCCGACCUGGAGAAUCAUGGGCGGACAUCGUCUAUGCGUUUGUCUACUCCCGUGUUCUCCACCGCAUCGGGGAAAACGCAAGAGGUGAAGGACUACUCGAUGUUGUACACACCGAUUUGUCCGAGGGCCCCUACGCUGAUGAACAAAGCGGCAUCCCGCAGGAGGAAGGGGACGCCACCUGGGCGGACGAUUCAGCCUGGCCAGUCUCAGGGGACACCCCUCUUGGGCUCCUGAACAAGACGCGGCGGCUUUGCUCCCUUGUCCUCAGCAGCUGCUAUCAGCAUGGAAUGCAGCCCAACCUACGCCCAAACAAAACCUCGGUCAUCUUCGCCCUGCGAGGACAAGGCAAAGUUGCAGCGAGGCAGCGGAUAUUUGGCCACGCCAAAGCGACGCUAAGACUGCCAGACCUUGACAAGGAAGUCCCCGUUGCGCUUCAGUACAAGCACUUGGGCGGCAUCGUGGACUGUCGCAACACCAUGGCAGCGGAAGCUAAGAGAAGGCUUGGCAUCGCUGCCACAGCAUUUAAGCAAGGUCAGGACCUCCUCUACCUCAAUGUGACCAUCAAGCUGCAGGUGCGAAUGCAGCUCUUUGCCGCCACGGUGGGGGCCACCUUCCACAACCUUGCACAAUGGAUUCCCUCUGGCCAGGAUUGGGAUAUAUUGUCUGGUGGAUACACACGUCUCCUCCGACGUCUGCUGGCCAAGGAAUUCCCGGGCGAGACGGCUCUGCGCAUCCCGCCGGCGCUUGUGCAUAUCAUCUCGGGGUCCUGGACCCUAGAGCUUCUUGCCAGGAGGGCCAGGCUCAGUUUGCUCGGAUCCCUGGCCAGAGCAGCGCCUGAUCUUCUGUGGGGAGCCCUGCAGGAGGAACAGACAUGGCUUGCUGUCAUCAGGGAAGACCUACAGUGGCUCGUGGACAAGGCCGCUGAUGACUGGCCAAAACUCCAUGGUGCUGCAUGGCCAGAAUGGAGGACCCUCUUCGUCAAUGCCAAUGAUUGGGUAAAACGAAGAACGAAACGGCGGCUCAAAGAGGACUUCGAAAGCUUCUGUGUGCGGCACAAGAUCACCCUGACCUUGUGGGCUGUCUACAAGAAACUUGAGGCGGGUUGGGAGCACACUUCUUCAAAACACACGGACGACGUGCUGGAUACAGAGCUGUGGUGGCACCUACGCUUUGGAAGUAAGCUGUGGAAGAAAAGGGAGGUCGAUGACUACAACCCCAGCGUCCCAAUGGACUUAACAUCUCCGCUCGAGCCCGGUGCAGACUCUGGAUGGGACGAAGUCCAAAAAGCAGCCCAUGCGGACCUCUGCCACGCCAUUCUUGAUCGUCAUCUACCAGCAGAUGAAAGCUGCGUUCUCAACAUUAUUAAGGAGACCGUUGGCAAGUUCCCCCUCUACCAGGACGAGAUGGACGACAUCGUCGACCUUGUCCGGAACGAGGCUGCUGAGGUCGGUGCGGAGCUCAUGGAGGACUUUUGGACGACGGAGAUCGCGACGAUUGUCGACAAGGCCCUGCAGAGCUUCCUCAAUGAUGAGUGGCUGACUGAUGAGACGGAGCGGCCUGACCCGCACAAGGGCAUGACUCAUGCGGCUCUUGCGAGCCAGAUUGAUAGUGUCCAAUGGGAACAAAUCUGGGAAGCCACCAAAGAGCUUCACGGGACCCCUGAAGACUGCACCUUUAAACUGAGCUCCAGCUGGGAAACCGAGUGGCGGAGCCUAAGUGGUGUAGUUGAUGUCUCGGUCGUGAAUGGCCACCUUUGGGGCUGGCUACCGAAAGUCCUGCGGGAAGCUGUACACAAGGCUCUUCAAGGGCACAGAGUGACCCUUCAUGCCCCCGCUUCCUUUUGGCAGCACCAGAUUUCAGCGCCUUUUGCGCGGUUUGCACCUUUGCAUCCUAAUUAG